AUGGGGAAGAAAAGAAAAAAUAGUGAGAGGGAGGAUGAAGUGGAAGAACCUUCAACGAAAAAGAAAAUAAAAUAUGAAGAGACGAAUGGAUAUCACAACGGGUUGAAUGGUUUCAGUAAUCAAAGUUUUAUCAUGAAUGGCGACGAAUCCAGAUAUGAGAUGUACCUCAUCAAAAAGCCAAUAUCAAUGAGUAUCGACGACUUGAAAAAAUUGAAAUUCUCGCUAGACAAUGACAUUCUGAAAAAAUCCAAGCUAAAAUUAGAAUCCGGCACAUAUCGCGCCAUUGUGGCUCCGGCAGAAGCAAAACAGAAAAUGGUGCAUAUUCCAGCAUUUCUUGAAAUCAAAGCGGAAGAUUCGCGAAACAUCAAACCGUCUCGAUUUGUGAAUGGUUCGAUUACCAUCAUUCCAGCCGAGCCGAAAGCUAAGAAGCUUGGAGGAGCGUUGUAUGAAGAAGGCGAGGAGGUUGAUGAAGACGCCGAGCUUCCGCAAACCCUUCGUCCAAUAAAGCGACAAGCAACACUCAAUUUGGACUCGUUAAAAGAGCGCAACCUGGCAUAUGGGACCACGACAGACGCCGAAGGGAAUCCGAGGAAACUAGUAGAUAUCACACCAUAA